AUGAAAUAACAGAAAUAAAUUUCAUGGCAUCGAACAAAGGUUAGAUGGUUAUUUCUAGCCUUGACAUGCUUAUUUUAAGUUGGAUGUUGCAUUUGCAUAGAUUUUCCUUCAGUAUUAGCAAGUUAAAUCUAAUCUACAUUUAAUGUUGGUCAAAAAGAUAUCAAUUACUUAUUCUCUAUAUAUUCUAUGCCUAAUAUAGUUUUACCCUUUUUUGGUGGAAUAAUAAUAGAUAAAAUAGGAGUUAGAAGUGCAUUAAUUAUUUUUUGUUCGUUUUUAGUAAUUGGAUAAGGUUAUAAAUAUAUUUAUUACAAGGAUUGUGUGUUUAAGGUGCUUAAGUUUAAGAUUUUGGGUUACUAAAACUAGGAAUGUUAUUCUUAGGGUUAGGAGGAGAAGUUUGCUUAACAGUAGCUUAAAGUGCUAUGCUUACAAAAUGGUUUUUAGGAUAAGAGAUGUCUUUAGCUUUUGGGUAUAAUAAAUAUAUAAUUAGUGUAUAAAUUACAUUCAUUCGUGUUGGAUCAGUAAUUGGUGCUAAUUGGUUACCAAAGGUGUAUAUUUAGAAUGGUAAUAGUUUUACUGCAUGUAUGAUGUUUUGUUUUGUUUUCAUUUUGAUAACAAUGCUAACUAGUUUUAUUCAAUGUAUGUUAGAUAAAAGAAGUGAUAAAAGAGAUAGAGACUAGAUGAGUUAACAAGAAUUAUCUGAAUUAGAAUAACAACCACCUGUAAAUUGUAGUGAUGUAAAAGAAUUUAAAUUUGAUUACUAUUUAUUGUCUAUUAGUUGUGUAUGUAGUUAUAGUGCCUUUCUUAUCUUAUAAUCUAAUGGAAUACGAAUGUUUCAAAUUAGGUGAAAAUUAUUUCUAAUUUAUAGAUAUAAUUUAAAUUUAACUUAAUAAACUUUUCUUUAUAGCUUACCUUACUUUAUUAGUGCAUCAGUGACACCAAUAAUUGGUUAUUUUAUAGAUAAAAUUGGGAAAAGACCAAUAUUUUUAAUAGUAUCUGGUAAUUUAUUAUUAUUGUCUACAAUAAUAUAUUCUAAAAAUGUAGAUUGUGCAAUUGAGGAUCAAUGUUUUAGCUUAGUACUUUUGGCUUAAUUAAUUAAUGGAAUCUUUUUUGCUUUAUAUGCACCUGUAAUUUGGCCAUGUGUACCAUUAUGUGUCAAUGCUAAUUCAUAAGGAACUGGAUUUGGUAUUAUUGGUUCUAUUUAAAAUGCUGGUCUAACUGUAUUUCCUAUAGUUGUAGGUAGAAUUCUACUAAUAGAAAAUGCUGUAAACUAUUAACAUAUGAUUUAAUUUCUUGGAUUUAUCACAAUUAUAGCUAAUAUUAGCAAUAUUAAUAUAUAUUUUUAUGAUAUAUAUCAUGGUAAUAAAUUAAUGUCACCAACAAUUAAAUUACCAGAAUAUGAAGUAGUUGUGGAAUAAGAAGAAUAAAGCGAUAAUAAUACUAGAAUUGAAUGA